AUGGAGGUUAGUGUUAAACUUCCUAUGAGAACUUCAGGUAUCUGUGCGACCGACGGGCUAACCCAUAUGAUAGGAAUGCUUGGGGGUGACAUAGAGAUUGCAUUAUUUGAGCUCUCUCCUGCAAUAUUUAGUAAGAAUAGUAUGCAGUACUGGAAUGCUUAUCUUAUAUCAAUGAGGCUUCGGUUCGAUCAUGUCUUCACCGCCGCCCAACCCGUCUCUUCCGCUGCCGGUCACGACCGUCGCCCCGCUCCUGCCCGUGCCGGGAUCCUCCGUCGCGCCCGCCCCCGUCGUCCUCACCCCGGAGGUGUCCGGGGUGCUGCGGGACCUAACACAGGCGGUCCAGGAGAUCCAUCUGUUCUUGGCUGGGUCCUAUGGGCCGCACCCGGCUGCGCCGCCCAUCACUGCCACCGCGCCGCCGUGGCUGCCGUGGCAGCCGCCGCACCAAGCGGCCCCCGCGCGCUCGCCGGGCUGCUGCAGCAGCCGCUGCAGCCGCCAUCCAUUGCCCCGUCCUGGCUGCCGUGGCAUCCGCCGCACCAAGAGGCCUCCGCCGCGCUCGUCGGGCUGCUGCAGCAGCCGCUGCAAUUGCAAUCCACCGCCACCACCGCCCCGUCCUGGCUGCCGUGGCAGCCGCCGCACCAGGUGGCCUCCGCCGCGCUCAUCAGGCCGCUGCAGCAGCUGCCAUCCACCGCCCCACCCUGGUUGCAGUGGCAGCCACUGCUCCUAGCGACCUCCGCGGCGCCCGGCGCUCCGCCGCAGCAGCCGCUGCAACUGCAGCAGCCAUCACCAGUCAGCUCCGGCCCCGCAUCGACCGCGUCGACGGGAGUCGCGAUCCACCAGAUCAAGUUCCCGCCGUCGCCAUCACCGCUUCACCAGGGCGUCCCCAUCCAGCAGAUCAAGCUUCCGCCAUCGCCGUCACCGCUUCCAGCUUGGAUCACUACCCGCCACGUGUCGACGACGGUGAGGCUGCAGGCUGCUGCACGCGGCCUCCUAGCGCGUCGGCGUGUGCGGGAGUUGCGUGGUCUGCAGCUGCCGCUCCUCCCAGUUGCGCUUCGCUGCGCAAAGGACCUCGAUCUCGUCCGCUGCGUCGGGGAUCUUGGGCAUGCUGUUUUCCCCACGGACAACGCCCUCAAACAGGACAUAAUAAUCAAGGCAAAUACCAUCGAUGCUGCAGCAGGAGAAAUACUCGGUAUUCUAGAUGGCAUCAACAAAUACGAAAGAAAAAUCUACUUUUUUGGUUGGUGUGGACUCGGGGCAUCUGCUGCUCUCAGAGUGGCAGCCCAACGCCUGAAAUCACUGGCUGCUAAAGGAAGGAAGUUUGACAAGGUUGUCCACGUGGAUUGCACAUUGUGGCAAAGCAUGAGAGCCUUGCAAAAGGCAAUUGCUGAGGAGCUAGAGCUUCCCCAGUCGGUGAUGGCCAUCUUUGAUCAGCAUGAUGAGGAGGAUGAUUUCAAUGGGAUAGACCAAGGCUCCAGAGGGGUUUUAUUGGAUGUCAGAGAGGAGAUCUUCAGAAAGCUUGCUAGUAGUACGUUUGUGGUGUUUUUUCACAACGGGAGCAACCACUACAUUGAUUUGUACGAGUGUGGUGUCCCUGUAACAACAUUUUUGAGUAACAAGGUCGUGUGGACCUGGGGUGGGGGUUUUCAUUUGCCCAAUAAAAGUCUGGAACGUCAGCUUAGAAACAAUAUGGUUGAUGUUUUCGUGGGAAGUGAAGACUGGCACGAUCAUGUAUUGCAUCAAGAGGCCGCGGAGGUUGCCAAGCGCGUGGGUAUUCUUGAUCCUGAUAAGAUCGUAGAGUGCUUCCAGUAUGCUUGGGCAAGAAGACUUGUGAGUGAUAUUGACUGGGAGAUGCAUGCUUCAAACUAUUGGGUAAGCGACGGGAUUAUACAAGGUCAAGGCGAUACAUCGGCAUGGGAGGUUGGCAAUGCUUUGAAGAGAAACGUACACUUGGAUCGGAUUGUGGAGAAUAUUUACUAUGAGAAAGAGAUUGGUGGUCGCAUUUCCAGUCCUAAUGGCUGUUGGGUUUCAGCCACACACCAAACCCUACUACAUGAUGAUAAUCGCGUGUUGCCUCCUCGGGCGACAUCCUUCUUCCUUCUAACAGAAGAAUCAGAGGGUAGGAGGGUGGUAUUACCAGCUGCCAUGUUCCCACACAACAAUAGGCUACGGGUGUUACAUCUAUCUUGGUGCACCUUCAGUUUUACAUCUCCUCCCUUCUUCUGUUGUAGCCACCUAAGAUUCCUCCUGCUGGACCAUUGCACAGAUGUCAGAGAGGAGGAGCAUCAAAGCAACAACCAAAGCGGAUCAUGUUUCCAGAAGUUGUGGGUGUUGGACCUGAGGUACACAGAUUGGUACUCAAAAACUAUGAUGUGUUUAAUGGAUGAACUCAGGGAGCUGAAUGUGGAGACAGACAAGGAUUGGAUGAGCAUAGUAGAUCGUUGUGGCAAUAGAACAAGCCUUGUCAAGCUCCGAGUAGCUACCAACACAGACUCUGCAACAGAAAUACCCAUUCACUGUCAAGUCCCUAACCUGUCUAGCGCCAGCCUCCUUAAGGAAAUCAUCCUUGAGGACUGUGUUGGAUUGGAACAAGUUGUCACUGAUGUUCUGCCACCAUUGCUUGAGUCAUUUAGUUUCUUCAUCACUGAUGAUGCUAUCCCUAAGAUAUCAAGCAUUUCCUUAGAGGGCCUUGCCAAAUUGAAGAGUGUGCUGCUAAGAGGGGUGAUGGAGAACCUCCAGGAGCUGGAUCUCUCGGGUACAGCAGUGAAGACCCUCGACCUCAGAAAAGUGGUAGCCCUGAACCUCAAGCAGCUCAUCCUACUGGGUUGUGAGAAGCUGCAAACAAUACAACAUCCAUCAAGUAACAAAUGGCCAAGGAGGUUCGAGGUGUUGCGCAUUGACACCAUCCGAUCAGCAUCAUCUGCCCAAGCUAAUUGGGAAGAGAAGACCAAGGAGACUAUUGCUGCUAUAGGAUCAUCUUGUAUUGCUGCAGUUCCUUCUGAAAAACCAGCUACAUCCUUUGAUUGGUACAUCUCUGUAAGGGAUGCAAGGCUCUUUAGGUCGCUAGAGCCCUUUGAAAAAUAUUUCACGAAGAAGUGUGGAUGUAUAGAGAUGGCGUCAUCACCUACAGGUAGUGUUGCUAUUGAUGAUAGUGGACGUGCUCAAGGAAUUAGAAAGCCUGGUCAUUAUUUAUAUGCAAGAGAUAUAAUCUUCCGAGACCACCUGCUGGCUGCUACUGCUAAUGAAGGUGCAAUCGGAUGGAUGUGGGCUUGCUCGUCUGUUCCUGCUGUUGAUGAAUCCGUGAGCUGGUACGUCCACAUACAAGAUGAAGAGGAGAUAAAGAGUGGAUUACUGCAGCAACAAGGCAACAUCCAAGGAACUAGUACUGGUGUUGCUUUAAUCCCUGAUUUUAUAUGUUACAGUGCUAUAACACUGUGUGUGCAUGAUAGCUUGUCCAUCACUAGCAUCCCAAGCCCACAAGUGCUAUGGUCGAGCAGGUUUACAAAAUCAUGGAGCUACCUUCGAUGGUGUCGAGUUGAGAGAUGCCCCAAGCUAAGCUCUGUAUUUCCUACCCCCACACGAAGUGAUGAUGGGAAUGAUUAUGAGAUAGUUGAAUGCUUUUCUUGGUUGACCACGUUCCGGGCAUCCCAGCUCCUGAAGGCACGCUACAUCUGGAACUGGAGUACAACAUGCAUACCCAGUAAAGAUUCCUUUCAACGCCUAAAAUUCUUGCACCUAGACUAUUGCCCCGGGCUCAUACAUGUGCUCCCCUUAUCCGUAAAUAUGACUACCUUGGGGAACCUAGAGACCCUCGAGAUCGUGUGUUGUGGCGAUCUCAUGGGGAUCUUCCCUUUGGACCCUAAGCGCCAAGAGAAGGAAACAAUUAUAAAUUUCCCCGAGCUGAAGCAUAUCCACCUACACGAUCUCCCCAAGCUGCAGCGCAUCUGUGGAAGUAAGAUGUUUGCGCCAAAGCUCGAGACUAUCAAGACAAGGGGCUGCUGGAGCCUGAGGUGCCUGCCCGCCGUUGCCAAGCAAUGCCCGGAGGUGGACCGCGAGAAGGAAUGGUGGGACAUCUUGGAGUGGGCCGAGGUGGAUGCAAACCACCACCCUUCGCUCUACAAGCCGAGCCACUCGAGGUACUACAAGAAGGCCCAACUGCCGAGAGGCACCGUACUUAGGUGA